UUGACCAACUGGAGUGGUGAAACCAGUCCUUCUCCUUCAACUUGGAAAGGAGGCCAGGCUGGGGAACGGUAUAAAGGGCAGCUCGGCCCCUGCUCAGCUCAGCACUCCACUAGAAGCCUCUCCAGCUGGCCCUACUGUGAGUCUGGUUGACCAAAAGCAGCUUCCAAGAUGUCCCAGCAGUACACUCUGCCAGUGAUCCUGCCCCCUGCCCUCUCUCAGGAGCCCCUCAAGCCUGCUUCUCCUCCCACCAAUACCCAGCAGGAGCAAGUGAAGCAGCCAACUCCACUGCCUGCCCCAUGCCAGGAGGUACACUCGGAGCUCCCGGGGGAGGUCCCCUUGGAGCUCAGAGAGAAACACACAAUUGUGAAGGGGGUGCCUGAGCAAAAGUGUGAACCAGAGCAAGCGGAGCCAGAGCAGCAAGAACAACAUGUUGAACAGCAGCAGCAAGAGCCACAGGUGCAGGAAGUGCAUGUGGAGUUGCAGCAGCAAGAGUCACAGGUGCAGGAACAAUAUGCGAAGCAGAGACAACAAGAAUCACAAGUGCCAGAAGUUCAUGUGCAGCAGCAACAGCAAGAGUCACAGCAGCAAGAACAACAUGUGGAACAGCAGCAGCAAGAGCCACAAGUGCAGGAAGUGCAUGUGGAGUUGCAGCAGCAAGAGUCUCAGGUGCAGGAACAACAUGCGAAGCAGAGACAACAAGAAUCACAAGUGCCAGAAGUGCAUGUGGAGCAGCAGCAGCAAGAGUCACAGGUGCAGGAAGUGCAUGUGGAGCAGCAGCAGCAAGAGUCACAGGUGCUAGAAGAGCAUGUGGAGCAGCAGCAAGAGUCACGGGUGCCAGAAAAGCAUGUGAAGCUGCAGCAACAAGAGUUGCAAGUGCAGGAAGUGCAUGUGGAGCAACAAGAGUCACAGGUUCCAAAAGUGCAUGUGGAGCAGCAGCAGCAAGAGUCACAGGUGCUGGAAGUGCAUGUGGAGCAGCAACAAAAAGAGUCACAGGUGACGGAAGUGCACGUGGAGCAGCAGCAGCAAGAGUCACAGGUGCCGGAAGUGCAUGUCAAAAAACAACAGCACGAGCUACAGGAGCAGGAAGUGCAGCAGCAAAAAGAACAGCAUGAGGAAUAUCAGGAAGCAGAACACCUGGGGCCGCAGCUGGAGCGGGAGAAAACACAAAGAGAGCAGCACCUAAAAGGACAGCUGGAACAGGAGAAGGUCCUGGACCAGCAAUUGGAUCAAGAACCAGCAAAGAGAGAGGAACAACUGGAAAAGAAAGAAGAGCAACUGCCGGAGCAGCAGGAGGGGCAGCUGAAACAGCCUGUGUUUGUCCCAGCUCCCGGCCAGGUCCAAGAGACCCAAACAGUCCUGCCACUGAAGGGAAAAGCCUUGCCCUCUGAGGAAGCAGGAGGUGUAGUGCCUUCUAAACAUAAGUAACCACCUGCAGUGUCCAAGAGGCCCCGGAAAUCCCAUACAAGUGAAAAGAGAGCCAGUGGCCUCGCUUAUCUCGGGCCCCCAACCUGGGUGACCCGCCUCAUCUGUGAACCUGCCUGACCCUGACCUUUUGCAUGUCUCUUUGAUAGGGCUGGGGUGGGGGGAGUUAUAGCCCAGCAUCCACCUCUGACGAGCCCAAUCCCAACCUCAGGUGGCCAGAGGCUUUACCUGAGGAGAGAGUGACUGUAGCUACUCUGACUACAUCCCCACUAUUAUAGCUGAAUCUGUGAGUGUGUACAAUAAUACAGAAUAAAUCCUGGAAGGC